CUGCUGCUGUUCGCGCGGUCUCCUCCUCCUCCUCCUCCUCCUCCUCCUCCCCGCCCCCCUCAUCCCCACCCCACACCCCUUGCUUCAUCCCGGCUCCGUCACCCUCCCGCCCCCCACACUCAGGACAAGAAUGCCCUGCCCGGAACAGCCCAGCAGCGCCUAGAUGGCUUUGGUCACGGUCCAGCGGUCGCCUACCCCCAGCACUACCUCCAGCCCCUGCGCCUCGGUCUCAGCUUAAUUGUCAUUUCUUCUGGGAAGCUUUCCUGACUCCACUCCCAGACUAUGAGCUCUCAUUUGGAAGACAGUGAAUCCGCAGCGUUACUUUGCUGUGAACGUGAAGAAUCAGAAAUCUUUAGUGAUUCCAAUGAGGCAGACAGUGGGGAGGAGGAAUGCCGAUCACAGCCCAGGAGCAUCAGCGAGAGCUUUCUAACUGUCAAAGGUGCUGCCCUUUUUCUGCCACGGGGAAAUGGCUCAUCCACACCAAGAAUCAGCCACAGACGCAAUAAGCAUGCAGGUGACCUCCAACAGCAUCUCCAAGCAAUGUUCAUAUUACUCCGCCCAGAAGACAACAUCAGGCUGGCGGUAAGACUAGAAAGUACUUACCAGAAUCGAACACGCUAUAUGGUAGUGGUCUCAACUAAUGGUAGACAAGACACUGAAGAAAGCAUCGUCCUAGGAAUGGAUUUCUCCUCUAAUGACAGUAGCACUUGUACCAUGGGCUUAGUCCUGCCUCUCUGGAGUGACACCCUAAUUCAUUUGGAUGGUGAUGGUGGGUUCAGCGUAUCAACAGAUAACAGAGUUCACAUAUUCAAACCUGUGUCUGUGCAGGCAAUGUGGUCUGCAUUACAGAGUCUACACAAGGCUUGUGAAGUCGCCAGAAUGCAUAACUACUACCCUGGCAGCCUGUUUCUCACCUGGGUGAGUUAUUAUGAGAGCCAUAUCAACUCAGAUCAAUCCUCAGUCAAUGAAUGGAAUGCUAUGCAGGAUGUGCAGUCCCACCGGCCUGACUCUCCAGCUCUUUUCACAGACAUACCAACUGAACGUGAGCGAACAGAAAGGCUAAUUAAAACCAAAUUAAGGGAGAUUAUGAUGCAGAAGGAUUUGGAGAAUAUCACAUCCAAAGAGAUACGAACUGAAUUGGAAAUGCAAAUGGUGUGCAACUUGCGAGAAUUCAAGGAAUUUAUAGAUAAUGAAAUGAUAGUGAUCCUUGGUCAGAUGGAUAGCCCUACACAGAUAUUUGAGCAUGUGUUCUUGGGCUCAGAAUGGAAUGCCUCUAACUUAGAGGAUUUACAGAACCGAGGGGUGCGAUAUAUCUUGAAUGUCACUCGAGAGAUAGAUAACUUCUUCCCAGGAGUCUUUGAGUAUCACAACAUUCGGGUAUAUGAUGAAGAGGCAACAGAUCUCCUGGCUUACUGGAAUGACACUUACAAAUUCAUCUCUAAAGCAAAGAAACACGGAUCUAAAUGCCUUGUGCACUGCAAAAUGGGGGUGAGUCGCUCAGCCUCCACUGUGAUUGCCUACGCGAUGAAGGAGUAUGGCUGGAAUCUGGACCGAGCCUAUGACUACGUGAAGGAAAGACGAACAGUGACCAAGCCCAACCCCAGCUUCAUGAGACAGCUGGAAGAGUACCAGGGGAUCUUGCUGGCAAGCAAACAGCGGCAUAACAAGCUCUGGCGAUCUCAUUCAGAUAGUGACCUCUCAGACCACCACGAACCCAUCUGCAAAGCAGGACUAGAACUCAACAAGAAGGAGAUCACCACCUCAGCAGACCAGAUUGCCGAGGUGAAGACCAUGGAGAGCCACCCACCCAUACCUCCCGUCUUCGUGGAACAUGUUGUCCCACAGGAUGAAAAUCAGAAAGGCCUGUGUACCAAAGAAAGAAUGAUCUGCUUGGAGUUUACUUCUAGGGAAUUUCAUGCUGGACAGAUUGAAGAUGAAUUAAACCUAAACGACAUCAAUGGAUGCUCAUCAGGGUGUUGUCUCAAUGAAUCAAAAUUCCCUCUUGACAACUGCCCUGCAUCCAAAGCCUUAAUCCAACCUGGACAGGACCCAGAAAUGGCCAACAAGUUCCCAGACUUAACGGUGGAAGAUUUGGAGACAGACGCACUGAAAGCAGACAUGAACGUCCACUUACUGCCCAUGGAAGAAUUGACAUCCCGCCUGAAAGAUCUCCCCAUGUCUACUGAUCCUGACUCACCGAGCCCCCAACCCAGUUGCCAGGCUGAAGUCUCAGAUUUCAGUACAGAUCGCAUUGACUUUUUUAGCGCACUAGAGAAGUUUGUAGAGCUUUCCCAAGAAACCCGGUCCCGAUCUUUUUCUCACUCAAAGAUGGAGGAACUGGGUGGAGGAAGGAGCGAGAGCUGUCGACUGUCAGUGGUCGAAGUCGCCCCUUCCGAAGCGACAGCUGAUGACCAGAGAAGCAGCUCUCUGAGUAAUACUCCCCAUGCAUCUGAAGAAUCUUCAAUAGAUGAGGAACAGUCAAAGGCAAUCUCAGAACUGGUCAGCCCAGACAUCUUCAUGCAGUCUCACUCAGAAAAUGCAAUUUCAGUCAAAGAAAUCGUCACUGAGAUUGAAUCCAUCAGUCAAGGAGUUGGACAGAUUCAAGUGAAAGGCGACAUCCUAUCCAUUCCAUGCCAUACACCAAAGAAGCACAUCGUCCACGAGCUGCCCCUUGAGAGGGCCCAAGCCGCAGAGAGCAAACCUGGAAAUCUGGAGCAGAGUGAAGAUUCCUGCCCAGCCCAGCCUGGACUAGCCAAAGACUCAGGGAAGUGGGGGCCAGAAGGGCACCCAGUGGCUCACUCAUCCACCACAGAGCUGGAAGAAGAGGAACCAGCUGAGGGGGACCAAGAGCUCUGGGGCCCAGGGGUGCCCCCGGGUGCCAAGUGGUACCCCGGGUCCGUGAGGCGAGCCACCUUGGAGUUUGAGGAGCGCUUGCGGCAGGAGCAAGAGCACCACGGCGCCGCCCCUGCCUGCACCCCGUCGUCCACUCGUAAGAAUCCCAGGAAUGAUUCUUCUUCUGUGGCAGAUCUAACACCAAAAGGGAAGAGUGAUGAAGCCACCCUAGAACAUGCACUUGUCCCCAAGGAACCAGAGAUGAGCAAGGGCAAAGGGAAAUGCGGUGGGUCUGAGGCUGGCUCCGUACCCCAUUCUGAGCAGCAUGCCAUAGUUCCAGCACCCGAGCUGCUGGAGCCUCACCCGUUGCCAGCUCCUCAGAAGUGCCCAGGGUCAGGUCCCAGAACCCAGCAGGAAGGAGUCCUGAAGGAGCAGAGGACUUCGGUCUCAUGCCAGGGACCUGAGACACCGGCAGUCCCUCCGCCUCUUCCCAAGAAGAUAGAAAUCAUUGAAUACACCCACACAGUCACGACACCUGAUCGCGGGCCAGAGGGGGAAACAGCCACCAGCGAAAAUAGUGGGGAGCAGGGACUGAGGAAAGUGAAAGUGGAGGAGUCCAUCACUGUCCUCUGUGCACUGGAUGAAAAUCUGAACCAGACACUGAGCCCCGACCAGGCUUCUCUGCACCCCAGAGCGCUACCUCUGCCUCAUUCUUCCUCUCCAGAGUGUGAGCACGGCAGGCCCGCCCACCCGGCCCCCACCCUGAGCAGCCCUGAAGACUGGGGCAACGGCCCAGCCGCUGCCCUGGAGACAGCAGCGCCUUUUGUCAGUCACUCAGCCCACGUACUCGGCGCCAGCUUGGCUUACCUGCAUCCCCAGACGGGGGUUCACCUGGAAGGCUUCACAGAGCAAAGCAGCACCACAGACGGUGAGCCCGCUGCGGAGAAGGGCAGCUGGGAAGAAAGUCAGGAGGGCCCCCCCUCCAGGGGCAGUGAAGUGCCAUAUCAGGGCUCCCAGUUAAGUAGCGAAGACCUGUGUUUAAUUAGCAAACCCGGUGACAGUGUUGGGGAGCAGCAGGAAAAACCGGACCCGUCACCCGUCGCCUGUCAGCUCCCACACAGCUCUAGUAGUGACGGUAUAAAGGGUCUCAGUCACAGCCCCAGUGGUGUGAAGGAACACGCUAAAGAAAUCGAGUCCCGAGCGAUUGCCCAGGUAGGGCUCCCCAAACCGUCGCAAAUGAGGCGUUCAGCUUCCCUCGCCAAGUUAGGUUACCUGGACCUCUGUAAAGACUGUUUACCAGAGAGCGGGCCUGUCUGCUCUGAGUCCCCUCAUCUCCAACUGCUUCAGCCCUUCAUCAGAGUGGGCUCGGGAAUGGAGGCCCAGGAGCCCCCAGAAAACCCAGAUGCUCCCCAGAACCUAGAGCCCACCAGGUAUUUCAUAGAGCAACUCAAAACAACAGAGUGUAUCGCACAGAGCAAACCAGUGGAGAGGCCCCUUGUACAGUAUGCCAAAGAAUUUGGUUCCAGCCAGCAGUGUUUGCUCCCCAGGGCAGGGCCUGAAUUGACUAGCUCUGAAGGAGGCCUUCCUUUGGUACAGACCCAGGGAUUGCAGGGUGCAGGCCCAGCUCCAGGGCUGGCUGUAGUGCCCCGUCAGCAGCACGGCAGAACUCACCCCUUAAGGAGACUGAAAAAAGCAAAUGAUAAAAAACGGACAACCAACCCCUUCUAUAAUACCAUGUGAUUCUGAGCCUCUACAUGUGACUUUCUGAAAGAAAUGUUUGUAAAAGGGGCAGGUGUAAUAUGUAAGGAACAUGCACUUUAUUGGUUAAUUUUAUAAUAUUUUGGUCAUUUUACUGUUCCUGGCGCAUGCAGGGUUUGGUUUUUUUCCUCUGUGUGUGUGUGAGAGAGAGAGAGUUUGAUUUGGACGGCAAGACCAUUUUAUCAUUUUUUAUUUUUGGAAAAUGCAAACCUCAAAAAAUACUCAUUUUCAAAGAACACCUUUAUCAAAGGCAAAUUGCUGUUUUUCAAUCUACUGCCACCUGCUCCUCAUUUUGCCCCCUGAGGGAAGGCAUGCUUGCUUGAUUGAGGAAGGAAGCAGAUGGGGAAGGUGGGGUUGAAGCUGGAAAUUGGAAAUGCUGCCCCAGGCCUGUGUGAUGAUGGUUAGGUCCCCAGACCUGAUGCAUUGGAUUCACUGAAGGGGGCAGCCCAAUCAAUGUCAGCAUGCUCUCAGACUUGGUCCCCAGCCCCAGCCCCUUGGAGUUCCCGAAAAAAAUGGGCAGGUUCUGCUUUGCUCUCAAAGAGGGUCUUCCAGAAUUCAUUUCUCCUGGUCUCCAGAGUGUAUCAUUACAAAAAGGCAUGAUAAUGGCUGGCUUUGUAAACUUAUCAAGCAAAUACUUUUUUACCCCAAGCAAAUAAUUUCAUUAAGUUUAAAAUGAACUCCAAAGGAAAUCUGAGAGGUCCUCUCUAGAGGAAAGCAGAAGAGGAGGAGGUGAAAUUGGGGGUGGAGAGGCCACCACUGCCCAGUACCUUCCAGGUGGAUGGGCUCCACAAAGGUGGUCCUCCUACCCCACCCCCCCAUCCCCUGGAAAUGUGCCCUGCAGCAUUCUCCCAACUAAAACCCAAUAGGGACAAGUUUGAAAAACAGCAAUUAAAAGUCAGUGUGUUCUUGUAAAAUGAAUACAUAUGUAGGGUUUUAACCCUUUCGUUACUUGAAUAAUUCUGUGGGCCUUCUAAGUUUAAUGGCCAUAUUUUUUCCAAUUUAUUUUCCUCCCUCAUGCUGUUUCUCCCAGUGCUGCCUAUUUUUUUAAAUUUUGUAGGUAUUUGAAUUGUUACAUUACAUAUGUAUAACCUCCAUUGAAUACAAUGUUUUCUUUUUAAUCUUAUCACUGUUAACACUUGACGUAAGUUUUUUUUUUUUUCCUUUUCCUGGAAGAUUUGUCAUUUCUCUAGUUUAUACACAGUACUUAUGUACAUAAUGUUGUCACUUAUAUUGUUUUGUUGUUAAUGUUGUACGUUGUAGGGUCUUUUUGACUUGUCCAUUUUAAGAAAUAGUAAAGCUGCAACUGGAAAACAUACGGACACCACAGAAAUAAGACUGAUGGGUGUUGGUAGGAAUCUGCAGAGUAUAUAUUGAUGGUGGGUUUUUUUUAAAUGGAGACUUCUAAUCACCAGCUCCUGCCAAAUUAUGUGUUAGUAACUUCCUCCUCAGAGAAACCCCUAAAGGCUCCCAUUAGAUCACAGUUUGACUGAAGGCUGAUUUCUCUUUGAGACUGAAAUCCCAGAACGUUGGUUCGCCACUAGCUGAACCAGAGCCAGGGAGUAUACGUGAGUUACUGCUGCCCAGGGUGGAAGCUCCUAAUGGAUUCGGCUGAAGGGCUGCAGGGAGGCCUCGGCCAAGGGCAGGCACCCUUAAUGACCGCGUUUAGGAUGCAACAGCAUCCCUGUUGCUUUGCUGCUAUUGUGGAGGUCCUUAACACAGGAGCACCUGCUGUAAACAAGCCUAUUUCAGCUUCUUACAGAAAACAUAUUGAGCUUGGAAUGGAACACCCACUGCAGCUCAUCAAAACUGAAGAGGUUUGCAAAUUUGCUUCCUGUUUGCUUUGGUUGCUGUCCACAUUGCUGAGAGGUUGACCGAGCACAGACCUAAGAUUUAGGUUUUGGGUUCAUCACAGCACUUAGAGGAAAAAGAU